GCAGGUGCUUCCACACUCUCUCUCUCUCUCCUGUGCUCGGCCGAAUCAAAGUCCGAGAACUAGGUUUCAAUCAGCGAAGCAAGAAGAAGAAGAAGAAGAGCGAGAUGGAUCAGUGGACGACGGAUGUGGGAGCGUCGACCUCCGUCCAGCACCAGUCCAACGGGUUGCCCAGCUCGCGCGACGAAUCCAGGUUCUCGCGCUUCAGUUCCUUCUCGUCGCGCUUCUCGAGCGCGUUCGGGCUUUCCAAUGUCAGAUCGUCGUGAGCUUUUCGGCUAGCGAAACCGUAUUAAAACAUGUUUCUCCUGCGCGACACGGUUAAAAAAAAAGCAUGGUGAUCUCGUGAUCGGUUGUUUGGAUGCUGUGUUUGAUUGAGUAUGUGGUGUGGCUGCUCCGGUAAUGAAUUCCCCGACUGAUGGUUGCUUGCUUGCGCAUGUUGUCACGAAAGCUGGGAAUUGUCAUACAAAGGGAGGAAGAGGAAGUCAAGGAUCCUGUGGCUGCAAGGAAAGUCCAAAAAGCUGACCGUGAAAAGUUGAGGCGGGAUCGUCUAAACGAACAUUUCCUUGAACUGGGGAGUGCACUAGAUCCUGAUCGACCUAAGAAUGACAAGGCAACCAUUCUCACCGACACAAUCCAGGUGCUGAAGGAUUUAACCGUGGAAGUUAACAGAUUGAAAGCUGAAUGUACAGCUCUUAGUGAAGAAUCUCGAGAGCUGAUGCAGGAGAAGAAUGAGCUCAGAGAAGAGAAAUCAUCUAUAAAAUCUGAAAUUGAAAAUCUAAAUGUUCAAUACCAGCAAAGGAUGAGGGUUAUGUACCCUUGGGCUGCCAUGGAUCCAUCCGUCAUCAUGGGUCCAGCCUAUUCUUAUCCAGUUCCAAUACCUGUCCCUCCAGGUCCGAUACCCAUGCACCCACAGCUUCAGCCUUUCCCUUUCUUUGGAAAUCAGAAUGCAAGUGCUAUUCCUGCUCCAUGUUCAACCUUUAUCCCAUAUUCAAUGCCUGCCAAUCCCACUAUUGAACAGCAGUCAACCCAAUAUGCUUCCAGUUCUCAUAUGUCAAGUAAACAAGACUGCAGAAGCAGGUCUUCAGAUCAUCAAAUGGGCAGCGAUGCAGAACAACAUGAGGAUUCAAAUGACGUGGCAACGGACCUUGAACUUAAGAUGCCUGGAACAUCAUCACAGCAGGACUUAACAUCCGGAGAAAAGAAGGGCAAGCAGACCCAGAGAAAGGAGAUAGGUAUUACUGACGGGAGCUCGUCGGGCAAGUUUUCUUCAUCUCAAGCUUUUCCAGAUAGUUCGUCCAAUAGUGUUUGUGACAACCCAGAGUCCAGUAGGUGAAGAUUUGAUUCCUUAUUCUCUGUUAAACCAACACUAACGCUAACUUCUGUAGCUUGUAUCUUAGCUGUUGCAUCAUGGUUGUAGUUUUUCUGGCUCAAGAAAAUUUAAUGUGCAGGUAGCCAUAAUUGUUAAGGAAUUAACGGGACUCAAGAGCUUGCUGACUAUUUUUCAUUUUCUUUAAUCUGGUUCUCGAGGGGUUGGAAGGUUGCUGGUUUAACCUAUUAAAGUAUGACGCAAUUUUCUUUUCCUGUUAUAGAGCCUAACUCAUCUUCUGGUCCUCUUGUAGUUUGUACUAUGGUUAACUGAGGCUAGUCAGUUGUAAAUAACAUUGCGUUUGCUUAACUCAAUUCUUUUUCCUUUUUUUUUGGACAAUUGCUUAACUCAUUGAAACAACUAAUUUUUGUCUUCUC